UCCCAACACCCAAACAGAAAACAGUCACUCUCGAAAGACGAAACAUAGCAGCUGCGAAGCUGAGAUCGUAGAAGAAACAGAAAGAAGCCUCAGAUGGCGAAAACGACGUCGUUACUCCUUAGCUCUCUUCUCCUCUUUGGAACCCUAGCUCUAAUCCAGGCGAAGAAGGAUUUGAAAGAAGUCACACACAAGGUUUACUUUGAUGUUGAGAUUGACGGAGAGCCUGCAGGUCGAAUUGUAAUGGGCCUUUUCGGAAAGACAGUUCCUAAGACAGCAGAAAACUUUCGAGCUCUUUGCACAGGUGAGAAGGGAACUGGAAAAAGUGGAAAGCCUCUUCAUUUCAAAGGUAGCUCAUUCCACAGGAUCAUACCUAGCUUUAUGAUCCAGGGAGGUGACUUUACACAUGGGAAUGGAAUGGGUGGAGAAUCAAUUUAUGGAGAGAAGUUUGCUGACGAGAACUUUAAGCUAAAGCACACUGGACCAGGACUUUUAUCAAUGGCAAACGCUGGUCCUGAUACCAAUGGUUCACAGUUCUUCAUUACUACUGUUACAACUAGCUGGUUGGAUGGAAAGCAUGUUGUUUUCGGAAAGGUGCUUUCUGGAAUGGAUGUUGUAUACAAGAUUGAAGCUGAAGGAAAACAAAGUGGCACUCCCAAGAGCAAGGUCACAAUUGCUGACAGUGGUGAACUACCUCUAUAAACAGCACUUCCAACACUUCUCAGUUCCCAAACCAGUGUUUUUUUUAUGGUAGUGUUCCUGUUUUCGUUUGCAUUGUAUACUGGACUUGUUAUCUUUCCUAAGCAUGUACUUAAUUGUUAACUGUAUCUUUUGUUAUAUUCAGUAGGACCAAUCCUUUAAUGCGAAGUAUGUUGAGGUAAAAAAUUAAAUUAGGACUGCAUAAAUUUAUGCUUUUGUACUAUCACUGAAUGGUUUUUUCUUAUUUUGGCAUCAUCAAUCAAGGACAAAAGAUGGGAAUGAAUACUAUCACUCUUAUUUUAAUAA